AUGUGGUUGGUUGAGUUGCCCCAAAUCUACCAGGCCUGGAAUAAUAAACAGGGCGUCGCCAUUUUCGCCGGUAUUGUCGCCGCCGCCGACUCCUUCAAUCCUUUGGUCGAGAGUCUGAGGUCAGUACAUCCGCUGCUGGCCCAUGAAACUCGGCCACAUGACGAGCCGGAAACAGACGCGAGGCUCGGGUUCGCGACAGAUGACAUAUGGUUAAAAGGUACCCGAAAGGCCUGA